AGACUUGAAUGGAGGCUGUACAACAAUAGCGAGCUCCACUUUCAGUUGUUGCCACACAGAAUGAGAUCGAGGAAGGAUCCGUGGCACUCCUGAGGAAAGACCACACACUUCUUCUGCUCUGAGUGGGGGACAUAGCUAGGAUCGUACUUUUCGUGGCAUUCAGUGGACAUAAUUUUUUUUUUUUGGACUGCGGUUUGGUGCUUUCUGAGUUGGUGCAGAUGCCCAUAGACGUGGUCAUAUCGUCUCCGGAAAACUGCUUCUGGCCGGGGCUUCAGCAAACAGACAUGAGGCUCAAAAUCAGAGUCCGCAAGAUGAGGAAAGAGCGCAAGCUUAGAGGUGGUUUUGCAGCAUUCUCAUCAUGUUUCCCAGGCCUUUGUGAAGGCAAGCCGGUGGCCACUCUGCCUAUGAGCUUGUCUCAGCCGUGUUUGCCUGUGGCAAAUGUUGGUCCCACACGAAUCCUGCCCCAUCUCUACCUGGGAUCACAAAAAGAUGUGCUUAACAAGGAUCUGAUGGCUCAAAACGGCAUCACAUAUGUGUUAAAUGCAAGCAACACCUGCCCAAAACCAGAGUUUAUCUCCGAAAGCCAUUUCAUGCGCAUUCCCGUCAAUGACAACUACUGUGAAAAACUCCUGCCAUGGCUCGACAAAACAAAUGAGUUCAUUGACAAAGCCAAGGUUUCCAACUGUCGAGUCAUUGUCCAUUGUUUAGCUGGCAUCUCCAGGUCGGCCACCAUCGCCAUUGCUUAUAUUAUGAAGACAAUGGGCUUGUCAUCAGAUGACGCUUAUAGGUUUGUAAAGGACCGCAGACCUUCAAUAUCACCCAACUUCAAUUUCCUGGGACAGCUGCUGGAGUUUGAGAAAGGUCUGAGGUUGCUGAAGGCUCUUUCCUCAGGUCAGGAGAAGUUGGAGCAGUUGAAGGAAUUUUCAGAACCUAGAAGCGAAUCUUCCAGUGAUCCCGAAAAGGGGCGCUUGGAGGCUGAGAAGGAUGGCACAGAAUUAGAUGGCAAGCUGCCUUCUCCAACCUCCCUCCAGCAGGGCUUUAAUGGCUUGAAUCUGUCGGCAGAACGUAUUCUAGAUACCAACCGGCUCAAACGCUCCUUCUCACUCGACAUCAAAUCGGUCUAUGAGCCCAACCACUGUCCGCGCCUUGCACCUGCACACACCGAGGAUGUCCCCAAACUCUGCAAACUUGAUAGUCCGGAGGCCAGAGAAGUCAAUGGUAUAUGUCAGCACUCACCUGUUUCCAUCAGCCCUGGGUUAGCUGAAUCUCCAAGCAUCUUUCCUGAAAGCAGCUCCAGGCCUCGUUCGCGAAGGAAAAGCAAGCACAAUGGUAGCAGUGCUGGAAGUUCUCCCGUGCACUCGCACAGUCUAAACCUUGGACGCACACUCUCUGCACAAAAAAGUUCCAGUCUUAAUGACAAUCUGAAGCCCUCCCUGCUGCUUAGCCUGCCCACCGUGGGUUCCGGUCCCAUGUGGACCAAGCAUAGAGACACCGUACAGGCCACAACCCCUGUUACACCAACAGAUGAAGCCCCUUGGUUCUACGGCUCAGAAUCAAUGAAUGGUAACGGAGGUGGAGGAGGGAUGGUACACUUUCCUGCACUAGGCUGUAGCAGUCUCCCCGGACCGUGUGAGUCUGUGCGUCUGCGGGAAAAGGUUGGGGAACCACGGGACUCAAGGGGCAGUUGGCAUGAGGAUGCUCCCACUUCCAGUGCUGCUGAUAAGCAGUUCAAACGGCGCAGCUGUCAAAUGGAGUUCGAAGACGGGAUAUCAGAGACACGUUCAAGAGAAGAACUGGGAAAGAUUAGUAAACAGUCCAGCUUCUCUGGGAGCAUGGAAAUCAUAGAAGUAUCCUGACAUCACCUGCACAGUCUCUGGGGACUUUACACACUGGCAGAUAGGCACCACUUAUGAGCAAAGAUGACUAAGAGUUGACCUGGAGAUGCUCUUGUGUGGAACAUUUUCAUUUUAGUCAUAGGCUUGUUGUUAAUGACUGGUUCUCAAAAAUGAGACUUUUUUUUUGUUUUUGGCUGGUCUUUUUAAACCGGUGGACCCGGACACAGAUUGACUUUGCUUUUUUUCUAUUUUUAAGCCAUAGCCAACCCCAAGAUGACAACAAGCUGGGACUCCAAUUGCAGAAAGAAAUCUUGUUUCCCGACUUUAGAAACAGAUCCCCAAUCCCUCAUAAAAGCUUUACCAGCCUUUUGGUCUAUUGAGAUUUGAGCAUGGCUGUUACGCUCACACUUGUUUCUUUUAUUAUGCCGCCCCUGGACUCAGUGAAGUUACACCGCCACAGCACGAGGAGUCAGCACAGACUGAGCAUUGGUGGUACAUUUACUAGCUGAAUGAAGGCCUCUUUGUGCACCCUGCUCCUGCAUCCUAGCAUUCUCGGAAUCCUGGAGGAGGACCCAGGCAUGUCAUGAAGGAAAUGCAUUGUGGGCGUUUUCCCAUAAUGUUCUCUGUCAAUCUAUUGUUACCCAGAUUUCAGGGUCUCGUCCUUCCCCUCCUGUGCCCAAGUGGUGAUGCUCGAACUCUUGUGCAACCCACGUUUCUGUCACUGAGCAUGCUUCAAAGCUGCUGUGUUCCUUACAAACGAAAACUACACGAACUCUACACAGUGAUUUCAAUGGACAAUUUUUUUGUCAUUUUCUUAGUUACAGUUUUAAUUUAUUCUACUGGUUCAUUCUGGUAAUGAGAAAUAAUAUAAAGAUUGUGGAGUUUUUAUUUUUCCUCUUUUUUCAGUGUUGAUCUCACUUUUUCAGUGACAUUUAUAAAAAUACAUUCGCAAGGCCGAUACGCAACUACAAGCAAUAUGUGUUUUUACAUACCUUUCUCUUUGUCCUCCUUUUUGUUUCUAAGGGAGUGCCGUAAUUACCAGGAAUUAUCUGAUGUUUAAAUGCACUUUCUGUUGCUUUAAGAGGGACGUUUUUAUUAAAAGGGUACCACAACGCUUUACAAACAAAAAAAAUCUUGUGUAACCAUUGAUGUCCUGCGGUGUGUCACAAACUAAAGCAUUUCUUACCGCUUUUGUUUGUCUCUCCAGCCUGCUGGCUUGAAUUAUUAAAGACUUUAAUCCAGCAUGAACAAGUUCUAGAGUAAUCUAGAAGAAUAUGUAUGAUACCCCAGCAUCGUAAAUUUGAUUUUCAAGAAUUCGAGUUUUGUAUUAACAAGCACACAAGACAAAAUGAAGGGAAAAAAAAUUGACAGGGACUCUUGAAGGGGUUUGUCUGUGUCCCCCAUUUGUUCUGCAUAUUUAUGACAUUAUUUAUUGUUUGUUUGGGUCUGAUUGUUGGAGGAUGUUUGGAUGGAUGUUGUGAAUGAUUGGUAGACUGACCCUUUGCUCAUGUAGAGUGACAUUUUGGAGAGGAGAUAAGCCCCUAAUAUUCCAUAUGAAAAAAAUUCAAUAAAUUAAACACAACUAGAUGUGUUUCAAACAUGGCUAAUGGCCCUACAUAUGUCUGUUGAUCAUCUAUGUUUACUUGGUAUCUAAGGCUACUUUUACAAGACUAUGACGUAG